AUGGCCCACAGGCCGGAGCAGAAGACCCACCCGCUGGCGCAGCCCUGGACACUGUGGUUCGACAACCCCAGCGGCAAGCAGAAAGUGUCCAACUUCGGCGAGACGCUGCGGCCGAUAUGCACCUUUGACACCGUGGAGGACUUCUGGAGCCUGCAGCACAACCUGGCGCAGCCCAGCCAGCUGAAGCCCAAUGCGGACAUACACCUCUUCAAGGACGGCAUCACUCCGAAAUGGGAGGACCCCAUGAACGAGGAUGGCGGCCGCUGGACUGUGACCAUCCCCAAGACUGGGGAGGACAGGGCACUCAACGCCUUUUGGCUUGAUGCCAUGCUGGCGUGUGUAGGGGAGAUGUUCGAAGACGGUUCAGAGGUGUGUGGGGUUGUAUGCAACAUCAGGAAUAAAGGUAAUCGAGUGUGCAUGUGGACCAGUAAGGCUGAUAAGAAGGCACUGCAGCUCAGCCUGGGUCGCCAGUUCAAGCACCACCUGGGUAUAGGUCCCUCUGAGAAGAUCAGCUAUCUGGCACACUCAGAUGCCAGGCGGCUGACACAGACCCAGAGAGCAACAGACCUGUACACCAUUUAG